AUGUACAGGACGUGCAGCAGUAUGUACAGGACGUGGGCAGUAUGUACAGGACGUGCAGCAGUAUGUACAGGACGUGGGCAGUAUGUACAGGACGUGCAGCAGUGUGUACAGGACGUGCAGCAGUAUGUACAGGACGUGCAGCAGUAUGUACAGGACGUGCAGCAGUAUGUACAGGACGUGCAGCAGUAUGUACAGGACGUGCGGCAGUAUGUACAGUACGUGCAGCAGUAUGUACAGGACGUGCAGCAGUAUGUACAGGACAUGCAGCAGUAUGUACAGGACAUGCAGCAGUAUGUACAGGACGUGCAGCAGUAUGUACAGGACGUGCAGCAGUAUGUACAGGACGUGCGGCAGUAUGUACAGGACGUGCAGCAGUAUGUACAGGACGUGCAGCAGUAUGUACAGGACGUGCAGCAGUAUGUACAGGACAUGCAGCAGUAUGUACAGGACAUGCAGCAGUAUGUACAGGACGUGCGGCAGUAUGUACAGGACGUGGGCAGUAUGUACAGGACGUGGGCGGUAUGUACAGGACGUGGGCAGUAUGUACAGGACGUGCAGCAGUAUGUACAGGACGUGCAGCAGUAUGUACAGGACGUGCAGCAGUAUGUACAGGACGUGCAGCAGUAUGUACAGGACGUGCAGCAGUAUGUACAGGACGUGCAGCAGUAUGUACAGGACGUGCAGCAGUAUGUACAGGACGUGCAGCAGUAUGCACAGGACGAGCAGCAGUAUGCACAGGACGUGCAGCAGUAUGUACAGGACGUGCGGCAGUAUGUACAGGACGUGCCGCAGUAUGUACAGGACGUGCAGCAGUAUGUACAGGACGUGCGGCAGUAUGUACAGGACGUGCGGCAGUAUGUACAGGACGUGCGGCAGUAUGUACAGGACGUGCCGCAGUAUGUACAGGACGUGCAGCAGUAUGUACAGGACGUGCGGCAGUAUGUACAGGACGUGCGGCAGUAUGUACAGGACGUGCGGCAGUAUGUACAGGACGUGCAGCAGUAUGUACAGGACGUGCAGCAGUAUGUACAGGACGUGCAGCAGUAUGUACAGGACGUGCAGCAGUAUGUACAGGACAUGCAGCAGUAUGUACAGGACGUGCGGCAGUAUGUACAGGACGUGCAGCAGUAUGUACAGGACGUGCGGCAAUAUGUACAGGACGUGCGGCAGUAUGUACAGGACGUGCAGCAGUAUGUACAGGACGUGCAGCAGUAUGUACAUGACGUGGGCAGUAUGUACAGGACGUAUGUCCUAUAUUGGAGUCGUGGGAACUUGAGGUCUCUUAAAGACUUCCUCUCCUGUGAACCCCAAUGCUAG